AAUGGCACGUCACAAAUUUAGCACUUCGCUUUGGGUACCGAGUUAUCCUCCGCCCUGAACUUCAAGAAGAAACGGAUAAUAGCUCGGAGGCAACGAGAAAAAGAGAGAGAGUGAGUCUGUGAGAGAAAGAGAUGGCGGCAGUCUCUUCUCUUCCAUCUUCUUACUGCUUCUCCCGGAUUUCUCGGGCCUCUUGCAGAGCUUCUCCGUCCCUCCCCUUCACUAUCUCUUAUUCCUCCUCUCCGUCUUCUCUUUUACGGACUCUUCGUUGUGGCGUCUCUGGCGGGAGCAAGAAAUGGACGGAGAUAGGGGGUAGGAGAGGAAGUUGCAGGGUUCAGGUCGUUGCUGAGGAAAGCGUAGCGCCCGAAGGGGGAGAAGACCAACCCUCUGUUUCUGUUCCCAUCUCGCCCUCCGACGUCCUUACCAUGUUCUUCAAGGCGGAGGGAACUAUGGAUGAUUCUGCAAGCUCUGCUGUCAGAAAGGUUCUGGAGGAAGUGGAAGGUGUUAGUGAUCUUAAAGUUGGUCUUUCCGAGGGGAUUGCAACUGUUGAGCUAACGAAGCAGACAACAGUACAGGCUACUGGAGUGGCUUCCAAUUUAGUGGAGAUGAUACAGGGAUCAGGAUUUAACUUGCAGACAUUGAAUUUAAGCUUUGAGGAUGAAGAAGACAUCAUUGAGUAGCUUUCGUCUUGCUGUUUCAUUCAUUGGCCUUGAAGCUGCUCUUUGGUUGCACUCUGCUGUGAAAGGCUGGUGCUUUAAUUUCCUUCUGUUUGUUUUCUGCUAGCUCUAGUUUUUCUUUGUUUAGCGGAUGAGAGCUUGUAUCUGCUCAGUUCUUGGUAACAUCACUGCAUUUAGAGUUUCUAUUGAGGAAGAGUUCAAAUAUACACUGGUGGUCUGGGAGGCAGUUUUGGGCCAUCAACCAGUUUCUUUUAUAUGAUUCACCUUGGACGUUCUGUUUUA